AACUUUCUGGGUAUAAGCAUUGUUGGACAAAGCUCUUCGCGUGGUGAUAAUGGCAUUUAUGUGGCUAAUAUUAUGAAAGGUGGUGCUGUUGCGUUGGAUGGUCGAAUUGAGCCGGGUGAUAUGAUUUUACAAGUGAAUGAUAUUUCAUUCGAAAAUUUCACAAACGAUCAAGCCGUUGACGUUUUGCGUGAAUCAGUAGCCCGCCGAGGGCCAAUAAAGCUAACGGUAGCCAAAAUGUGGGAUAGCGGUCCGAGAAGUGCAUUUACGAUGCCACGUCACCGAGAUGAGCCGGUACGACCGAUUGAUACACAAGCUUGGAUUCAACAUACAAAUGCUAUGCGUGGAAUGCCAUCUAUACUUGAAGGUUCAGAAGGUGCGCCAACUCCAAUACCUGGACAGUACGGUCGUCCGGCAAGUAGUAGCACUGCAACAUCGAACGGAUCUGCUCCAAACACCAUCGUUGGUUCAGCACAUUUUCGACUGGAUACAAUGACGGACAAGAAGAAGAUCGUUCAAAUGAUGGUUAUGCCGAACUCCGGCUUGGAUAUCAAAAACAGAACAUGGCUGAAGAUUCCGAUCCCGAUGUCUUUUCUCGUUGAUCGGACAAAUAUUCUUUACCUAGGAAGCGAUCUUGUUGACUGGCUAAUGGAACACGUUGAUGGUCUCCGAGAUCGCAAAGAUGGACGUAAAUUUGCCGGUGAAUUACUGAAGGAAAAACUUAUCAGCCAUGUCGUCAAUAAAAUUACGUUCACGGAACAGUGUUACUAUAUUUUGGGUGAAGAAUGUGCUGGUUAG